GGCGCGCGUUUGUGUGUGCAUGCCGUUUUGUCGUUUGUAUAGAGAGGGACAUAUGGAUUAAAGGGGGGGGGUGGUUUCAAGGCAAGACAGCUUCAUGAAAUGUAUCGGAUGCCUCGGUACAGUGCGAUAAAUAGGCAUUUGAAGGGUCAGGGUCUGGUUGAGAGUGUGGGGCCGCUGAGGUGGCCUCUGGAGCCCGCUGAUUCUGCUGCUUUGAUGACCUUGGAAGCGCAGCUCUUGGAGGAGAAAACACGGAUUAACUGGUGGGGUGUGUGCAAUGCAGGCUAUUGCGAUCGCCUUCAAAGUUGUAUCAUUGUCAUAUUGUGCUGCUGAAAUGACCACGGAUCUUAUUAUUUAACUGUAGCAGAAUAUUGGUGCAUUCAGGGCCUCUGUGUGUUAGCUCCUCUGCAGCCAAACAGUCCAAGAGGAGUCCUAUCAUUAUGUUAUUAUGGAUUUUUUUUUUUUUUUUUUUUUAAAUAAGGAUCAUUUUAACCUUUAUGGAUGUGACAUUGUGCCAUUGCGUGACUAUAUGAUUAUGAUAUUCCUUGCGUGUGCUCCAGUUGAAAGAAGUUGCCUCAGUCCUCAGUCACUUGCAGUUGUCAAAAAAUAUUGCGGUGUAUUUACAUGGUUGCUGUGGAACCAAACGAUGCGGUUAACUAUAUGACUUUCUGAUCUACGUGAGUGCAAAAAACUGCCGAGAGUACAAUUGCUUCUUUUUUUUUUUCUUUUUUUUUUUUUUCCAAGGCGUUGCCUCUUAAAAUGCAAACUAAAAUGAUUUUUGCAUGGAAGGUUUUAUCUGUAACUUUGAAUAGUCGACACCCAGUGGAUUUCUUUAAGGUGAUAUUCAAGCCUUGGCUUUAAAUUUUAAGCUCAGCAAACCAUGCAGGAUGAUUUACUGAUGGACAAAAACAAAGCCCAGCCUCACCAUCAGCAAGAUCCGACGCAAGUAGACCCUCCUCCCUCCACCCCGACCCCGUCAUCGGAGCCCACUUCUUCUUCAUCGGAGUCGGAGAGUGCGUCGACCGGGAGUAACCAAGCGGCUUCAGCUCUGAACGGAAGCACCACCAACAGCAGCGGCACCAACAGCAGUAAGGACAAAGUACCCAUGGAGUCGCCGAUCCUGCCCGGGUUGAGCUUCCACCACCAGCCGCAGGAGACCGGCGGCCCCCUGUCCUCCCCUUCCUCCUCUUUUGGAAGCACUUGGUCCACCACCACCACCACAAACCCCGUGGACGAUAGCUUUUUCCAGGGAAUACCGUCGGUGAAUGGGACCAUGCUUUUUCAGAACUUCCCCCACCAUGUCAACCCUGUCUUUGGGGGGAAUUUCUCCCCUCAGAUCGGUCUGGCUCCACAGCAGUCCCAGCAGCAGCAGCAGCAGCAGCAGCAGCAGCAGCAUCAACAGCAGCAGCAGCAGCAGCAUCAACAGCCUGCACCCCCCCAACAGCAGCCCCCCCAGCAGCCCCAGCAGCAGCAGCAGCAGCCCCCCCAGCAGAGGAGAUCCCCUGUCAGCCCCAGCCAAGGCCCCUUCCCCCAGAGAAACGCUUAUCAGACCAUCAUGAACAACAGCAAAGGGUCCUCCUCGUCUUCUUCUUCUGCGUCCUCGUCCGCUUGGAAUAAUCACCAAAACGCAGCGUGGAGCACAGCCUCCAACCCCUGGAGUGGGCUGCAGGCGGGCAGGGACCCACGCAGAGCAGUGGGGGUCGGGGUAGGGGUAGGGGUAGGGGUGGGAGUCGGUGUAGGGGUGCCUUCACCUUUGAACCCCAUCUCUCCUAUGAAAAAGCCCUAUACCAGCAAUGUUAUAGCACCCCCCAAGUUUCCAAGACCCGGUCCCCUCACCCCCAAACCCUGGAUGGAGGACAGCGCCUUCAGGACUGACAACAGCAACAACAUACUGCCUUUCCAGGACCGGAAUCGGCCCUUUGAUGCUUUUAGCUUGCACUCUUUGGAGAAUUCCUUAAUGGAUAUGAUAAGGACUGACCAUGACAAAGGUAAACCACACCCUGCCGGUGGCCCACCAAUGACUAUCGCUGAUAUUAUAUGGAGGAAUCAUUUUGCAGGACGUAUGGGCCUCAACUUUCAUCAUCCCGGAGCAGACCACAUAAUGCCAUUGAACACCCGGAGCUAUGGCCGCAGAAGAGGUCGCUCCUGUCUCUUCCCCUUUGAAGAUGGUUUCCUUGACGAUGGCCACGGUGACCCCUCAUUGACCUCCGGCCUGAACUCGCCGACCCGCUGUCAGAACGGAGAGAGGAUGGAGCGUUACUCCAGGAAGGUGUUUGUUGGAGGCCUUCCUCCAGACAUAGAUGAAGAUGAAAUCACCAACAGCUUCCGUCGCUAUGGACACCUGGUCGUCGACUGGCCCCACAAAGCUGAAAGCAAAUCCUACUUCCCACCAAAAGGCUACGCCUUCCUGCUGUUCCAGGAAGAAACCUCUGUCCAGGCCUUGAUCGACGCCUGCAUCGAGGAGGACGGAAAACUCUACCUGUGUGUAUCCAGUCCCACCAUUAAAGACAAACCGGUUCAGAUCCGUCCAUGGAACCUGAGCGAUAGUGACUUUGUCAUGGACGGCUCCCAGCCCCUGGACCCCCGUAAGACCAUCUUCGUAGGGGGGGUGCCCCGGCCCCUUCGUGCAGUGGAACUGGCCAUGAUCAUGGACCGCCUCUAUGGAGGUGUCUGCUACGCCGGCAUCGACACCGACCCAGAGCUCAAAUACCCGAAGGGCGCCGGGCGCGUGGCCUUCUCCAAUCAGCAGAGCUACAUCGCUGCCAUCAGCGCUCGCUUUGUUCAGCUGCAGCACAAUGACAUCGACAAAAGGGUGGAGGUGAAGCCGUACGUCCUGGAUGACCAGAUGUGUGAUGAGUGCCAGGGGGCGCGGUGCGGGGGCAAGUUCGCCCCCUUCUUCUGUGCCAACGUCACCUGCCUGCAGUACUACUGCGAGUACUGCUGGGCCAGCAUCCACUCUCGGGCGGGCCGGGAGUUUCACAAGCCACUGGUGAAGGAGGGGGGGGACCGCCCUCGACACGUGUCCUUCCGCUGGAGCUGAGGGGAGGUGGGGGGGGUCGCGAGCCAGCCCUGCCCCGGUGAACCCACGCCCGACCCCGACCGCUACCCUACGGCCCGGGACAGCGCUGCGAAACGCUCCCACUCACACACCCCCACCCUCAGCACCGCCUACUCCACCCUGCUCCCCACAAACACCCCAUGAAAAGAGUAAAAGGAUACCAUCGCAAACAUGGGACUGUCUUCAUAGUACACGGCUCUGAACUCAUUGUCUAGUGUUCCCCUCUGAAAAAAAAAGCAUUGCGGGGAAGUGAAAUGCGAAAGUCUAUCAGCUUAGAAUUUGCACUUUGGCACAAAAUCUCACUAAACACACACAGACACACACACACACACACACACACACACAGGAUGGUAUGUUCGAUACCUGGCUACUUUCAGUUCCCCGUUCUGUUGACUGGGUGGUGUGGUACGUCCUGUUGGACCCCCCCUUACUGAGUCAGAGGUGGGACCAUACAAAUAUUUUAAAAAAGUAUAUAUUUUUGUUUUGUACCUAUCUAUACAUAUAUAGAUAAUUUAAAUUUUAUGUAAAAGGAGCAUGCACUUAUUUUCAGAAGCUGUAGUUAUAUUGCCCCUAGUAAAAAAAAAAAAAAUUACCAAAGGCAAAUAAAAUUAAUGCAUAAAGUAAAACAAAGUAGGAGGCAUACGAUGUAGCAAGAUUUAACAGCUAUCCAGUAGUGAGGGCUCGUAACGCCCGGAGUAAAAAUAACACGGCUAUAUUCGCUCUAAUUUUUGACUCUGAAAAUAUUAAUACCUCAUACGGCAAUCAGAUUAGUUUGCUUUGGAUUUUUAGGUCUUUAUUUUUAUAAUAACAUUAUUUUUUAGUGUUAUGUAAAUGUAAUGCUGCAAUAGCUUUGCUGCUAAACCCAUGGUAUAAACAGAUACCAUAUGUACUUUCAGGCUAGGGUGUAAAAUAAUAAAUAAGAGAUCUAGCGAAGCACCUGGUGUUGUAGAACGACGAGCUGUCACAGGGGGAGGGGGCGCCCCUAGACAACGAUGGCUACCUUUGUGGGGGGUCGGGGUGGGUUGCCCCUAACUGCAUGUUUAUUUCAAUCAGGUUGCUGCAUGCAAUAGACUUUUCAGUAUCAUGUCUACUAUUCGAUUCUGCCCAUGUUUGCACAACACACUAUAGACGUACGUUUGACUCGCACGAAACUGGACAGAAACAGGGAAGACUGGUCAAAGGAAUCAUGGCGACUCCGCGCGGGCAGUGAACGCAUCCUGACGACGGGGGAAAAAAAAAAACCUUAAUAAUCACAAAUCAAAUUAAAUGUAGGAUUACCAUUUAAAACUGUCUAUGAUAGGUGAAGUACUUUUUUGCAGUGAUUGUUGAUAUAAUUGUGCAAUUUUUUAUACCGUAUGUAGUUAGGUCUGAGUAUGCCUAGAACUGUGAUUCGCUUUAACUGUCGUUAAUGUCCGACAUAGAAGUCCUGUGAAACUUCAUAACUAGUGUAUGCACACGUAUAUAUGUUCUCUUGUACAACACACACUUGCACCAGUAAACACAGAAGCCUCUCGACACACAUGAACACGCACGGAACACAACUGAGGAUAGCUGUGUUUCUAACGCACACAAACAGGCCUACAAAACACCUGAAGAGAAGACGCAACAAUGUGAGCUUAAACUGAGAACUGAGGUCUUUUCCUUAUUAUUAUUAUUUUUUUUUUUUUUUUUUUAAAGAGAAAAAAAAAACAAAUGAAAACAUUUGUUCCACCGUUGACAAAAGCGCACGUUUACGUCCC